AUGUCGGCCCGCAAAGCGCCCUCGUCGGCGCCACCGCCUGCCCCGCCCAAGCAGUCGGCCCGCAAAGCGCCCUCGUCGGCGCCACCGCCUGCCCCGCCCAAGCAGUCGGCCCCAAAGCGCAGCGAGUCGUCUCCCGUCGUCCCCAACGCCGACGACACAAACUACGAUGUCCUCUCGAAGGUGAGCAGCAUGGCGCACGUCCGCGUCGUCGUCAACGACCUCGUCGCCUACGAGUAUGUGGACGAGAAGACGAACGGCUGGUGCUGGGGCCUUGGCACGGUGGCCUCCAUCCCCGCCCCCCGCCUGGUGCAGCUCAUGCUGUGGGCGGGCAGCGGUGGGGCGUUGCCGCCUGGUGCGUCGCCGGUGUCGGAGGCCGAACGUGCGGCGGCGGUGCGACGGCUGGCGGAGCUCCAGGCAAAACGCCAGACCGCAGAGGAGGAGAUGGAGGACCUGAACAAGACCAUCACCAUGGAGCAGGCCCACUACGAUAAGGGCCGUGCCGCCUACAAGGCCGAUGCGGAGCGCGCCAUCUCCGACGCCAACGAGGCCCAGAAGGUGGUGAAGCAGCUGAAGGAGUCCGACUGGCGCGAAAUUCGCAGCUACGUGAAGCCGCCUGACAUCGUGAAGCUCAUCAUGGAUGCCACCCUCAUCACCCUGGGGGAGCGGCCGUCUGAUUGGACCUACAUCCUGAAGGUGAUCCGGCAGCGUGAUUUCAUGAAGCGGCUGGCGGACUUCGACUCCCUCAGCAUCUCCCCAUCGACGCGGCGCCUCCUGCGGAAGGAGUACCUGUCGAACCGACGCUUCACCCACGAGGACGCCAUGGAAGGCAGCCAUGCCCUCGGCGCUCUCCAGGGCUGGGUGAGUGCGCAGCUCGCGACGAAUGAGGUGACAGCGGACAUGGCCGACUUCGAAAAGACUCGGGCCCGCGACCGGAAGAAGAUCGCCAAGAUGGAGGAGCAGCUCCGCGAGCGCCGCAAGGAGGUGGAGGCGUACAAGGAUGAGGAGUCGAAGCUGCGGGCAACGCUCGGUGACCUGCCGAUGCACCUGGACUACGACAAGCAAAACGGUGCGGCGGCAUCGCCUGGUGCAAAGAGGGACGGGCCGGACGUGAAGGGCCGCGCAGGGGCAACGCCGCUACACGAGGAUGUCCACGGCGGGGCGAACGACUGGACCUUCACCGAUGUCAGCAAGGUCGUGCUCCUCAGCAGCAUUCUCGUCAACUACGACAAGCCGGAGGCGACGCUCGUCACGCUGACGCCGACGCAGCUGCAGCAACUGAAGGAGGCUCUCGCCGCCCGCGCCACCCCGCUUGCAGAGAUGCAGAAGGCGGACAACAAGAUCAAGAACUUGGAGGACGACCUGCAGGACACACGUGGCGACCUCGCUGAGGCGCUGCGGGCCUUGGCCGAUGCGAAGGCGAAGCAGGCGGCGCACAAUGCGCAGCUGGCAGCAAAAGAUAGAGACAUCGACGACGCCAAGGAGGAGGCAGCGGCAGCGAAGGCGGCUGCUCUUGCGCCGUCCGAGGAGCUCGCGAAGGAGCUGGCGGACAAGGACAAGGAAGUGGAGGACUUGAAGGCCGCGUUGGCGGAUGAGAAGGCAAAGAAGAACAGCGUGAAGAGCACUCCGGCCGAAAUUGGACUGGAGAAGGAGCCCGUCGCGCAGGACGGUGUGCAGGAUGGCAGCGUGCCGCAUUUGUUCCACGCUGCAGAUGACCGAGAGCUGGCGAACAUGAUCGCUCGGUUAGAGGAAGAGAUUCGUAUUCUGCGCAGCGAGUCGGCUGCUGCCAACGAUGUGUUGGAGGGUGUGAACGGCACGAUUAACUCGCGGCCUGAUCUGAAGAAGUUUCUAGAAGAAGACUCGUAG